AUGCGAGGGUCCAUAGUGUUGCUUCUUUCCGCGGUCUUCGCGGUGACUGUGGCUCAGAAGAACCCUAACUGCGCCAACGGCCGCGGAGUGAUCGUGCAUCUCUUUGAGUGGAAAUGGACGGACGUCGCCCUGGAAUGCGAACGUUUCCUAGGUCCGAGGGGCUUCUGUGGCCUUCAGGUUUCGCCUGCAAAUGAGCACAUCGCAGUUUGGCAGCCCAGUUAUAACCCAGUCGUCAAACGGCCAUGGUAUGAGCGGUACCAGCCAGUAAGCUACAAGUUGGUCAGCAGGAGCGGCAAUGAAGAGGAGUUUGCCGAUAUGGUUACCAGAUGUAAUAAUGUUGGCGUCAGAGUUUAUGUCGAUGGCGUCUUCAACCACAUGGUCGGUGCGGGAUCGGGUACAGGGAAAGGAAUUGGCGGCUCAGGCUUCGAUGCCGGUGGUCAGUCCUUCCCUGGGGUCCCUUUCGGUAACAAUGAUUUCCAUACCAAACAAGAGUGCGGGACGAGCAGUUGGAACAUCGAGAGCUAUCAAGACGCUAACCAGGUCCGCAACUGUCGUCUCUCUGGUUUGGUCGACCUUAACCAAGGUCAUGACUACGUCAGAGGGAAAAUUAUUGACUACAUGAAUCGUUGUGUUGGCUAUGGUGUCGCCGGUUUCAGGCUCGAUGCUGCCAAACACAUGUGGCCAGGAGACGUCUCCAACAUAUUGUCCAAGGUCAACAGGCUCAACACCAGAUGGUUCCCUGGUAACUCUGCUCCAUUCUUCUAUCAAGAAGUAAUCGAUCUGGGUGGCGAACCGGUCAAGGGGACUGACUAUACCGGUAGCGGGCGUGUCACUGACUUCAGGUAUGGCAUGUUUCUCGGCCAGGUCAUCCGUAAACAGAACAACCAGAAGAUGAAGUACUUGAAGACAUUCGGCCCAAGUUGGGGUAUGCUUCAAGACGGCGACGCUUUUGUUUUUGUUGACAAUCAUGAUAACCAAAGAGGUCACGGUGCGGGUGGACUUAAUACCAUCCUCACAUUCUUCGAGGCUCGGAUGUACAAGAUGGCUAAUGCCUUUAUGUUAGCAUUUCCGUUCGGCCAGCCUCGUCUGAUGAGCAGUUACAUGUGGCAACGGAACAUCCAAGGAGGCAAAGAUAAUAAUGAUUGGAUAGGGCCACCACAUAAUGAUGACUACUCAACCAAGGACGUUACUAUCAACUCGGAUGGAACCUGCGGAAACGGCUGGAUUUGCGAACAUAGAUGGCAGCAGAUGUUUAACAUGGUUGCCUUUAGAAACAACGUGACUGGGACAGCUAUGGAGAACUGGUGGGACAACGGGAACAACCAAAUAGCAUUCGGUAGAGGCAACAGGGGUUUUAUUGCCUUCAAUAACGAAGAUGGUGGCACCAUGGAUGUGACAUUGUCAACGGGACUUCCGGUCGGGCAAUACUGUGAUGUCAUAUCCGGCGAGAGGAAAGGAAGCACAUGUUCGGGGAAGACUAUCACCGUUGACGGCAGCGGCAAGGCUAGAUUCAACAUCAAUUCUGGCGAUUCAGACCCAAUGGUUGCAAUUCACAUUGGAGAAAAACUUGGGGGCAGUUCUUCUUCGGGAAGUUCUGGUAACGGAAAUACUGGAAACACUGGAAGUGGAUCUUUGACACCCAGCGGAUGGGAGAGGACAGUAGUGCUCAUUAAGAAGACAACCAAUGUGGGAGAGGAUUUGUUCAUCAGAGGAGGCGUCAGUGCAGCAGGUUGUACCAGCGAUGCCGAAACAAGCGCCUGUUCGAUUCCGAUUAGAUACCGGCAGAUUGGCAAUGGUCACUUUGUCAAGUAUGAGGCGUGGGCGACCGGUGACUCCGUCCUGGACUGGUUUGGCGCGCAGUCUAGCCAAGGAAAGUUCGGCGGGUGGCAGGCGGCUGACGGGUCGCCUAUGGCAUGGACCACCAAUGAUCAGUCGUCAGCGGCUUACGUCUCGACGAAUAGUUACGGGUCUCAUUACUGGAUGUGGGACGUAGACAUGGACUGUUCCAGAAGCAAAGGCGGAUGGUUCGAGGUUAAGGCGCGUAUCGGACACCAGCAGAAUGGAUUGGAAGGCCUGCUGGCUCAGUCGCAGACGUGUUCUGGGACCCAUGGUGGAAGUCGAUCGUACAGUACAUCACAUCACAUGGGACUUUGUGGCAAAAUUAAUGUGUUUGAAUUUGAUAAAAACGGAUGCCGCAUUGAUAACUUUUGAUUCUUGAUCAACAGUUAUUUUGAUGGAAUCACUGGUGUCUGGCCAUCAAUACCUUGUAGUU